GCUUCAUUCAGUGUGAACACAGUCUGAGGAGGAGGAGGAGGAGGAGGAUGAAGAGCGGGGACCCCUCAUCUGAUCAGAUCAUCGAUCCGCGAUGAUCGAUCAGAGUCUGCAGCCGCGCUGAUCAGCUGAUCCCGGAGCGGCUGCACGAGGCGACAAUCAGCGUCAUCAAUCAAUCGAUCGAUCACACCUGAUGUGAGACGCGGCGGGAGACAAUCAGCUGACCGGGGACGGAGCGGCGGGUCCUGGACUCUGGACUCCGGACCGCUCUCUGGAUCAUGUGACCGACCAGCUGCAGGUUCGAUCCCCGCAGGAGCCGCAGGGAGACCCCGCAGGUCGGAAGUUCUGAAGACUGUUUAACUUCCUCUACAGACCACCCUGGGAACUGCACUGCUAACAGCUAGCAGCUAACAGCUAACAGCUAGCCAGCGGGGCAGUCCUGUAGUUGGUGUUCAGGCUGUUGGAUGGCAACAGGAGUGAACUACUGGAGCUCUUAUGAACCCAGUUACAAGGUGAGCGAGUGCGUGUGGGGCGGCGAACAGGAGUCCAGCAGUGAGGAGGGAGGAGGCGGGGUCACAUGGGACACACACGCCAUGGAGGUCAAAGGUCAACUCAUCUCGGCACCUGACCCUCUCACCUGUCCUGACAGGAAGCAGAGGGAGCGAAUGGCAGAGCUGCAGGAGAGGAGGCGGGGCCUGCAGGCGCUGCUGAGCACACGACUGGCUGAGCUAAGACGCAUCUGUCUGCAGGAGGCGGAGCUGACAGGUGCGGUGCCCAGUGACUUCCCCCUGGAGGCGGGAGAGAAACCCCCCUGUGUCCGCCGGAGAGGGGGCGCGCCUCGCCAAGGAAACAGGAAGUGUCGAGUGGAGGAGGAAGACUCUCAGCGUUCGAAGCCGAAGAAAACUUUAUUUAGUGGAGCUCUGAGGAAACACAGCGACCCUGAACACAACACACACACACACCACGGCAAGAGGACCGUACACAGAGGCUGCCACACAGACGACACAGUGAGGUCAGAGAGCAGCUCCACGUCAGACUCAACAGGACUGGAUAACGAUGACGGCGUGUCUCAGUGUCGCCCCCCGCUGGUCGCUGCUGGUUCUCCAGUGGAGGUUUUCUACCAGAACAAAACCAGGAGGAACUCACUGCACAACAGGACUGACCAUCCAGAGACUCUUCAAAAGCCCCCACCCCUGCCCCCCUCCCAUCCUCCCCCCCUCCAUCCUCCUCCUCCCCCCCCUCGCUCUCAGGACUCCUCCUCCUCGUCCGGCCCCUCUGAUCCAGGUCCAGCGGGGGAGGGCAGGGUCAGGGUUAACGCAGCUCGCCACAGUAACAGCUCCGACGGCCUCCUGGAACGCAUCACCCCCCCAGAGGAGGAGGGAGGGGCACAGCAGGGAGGAUUGUGGGUAAAUGGUCUGCAGGGGUCCAGAGGAACGAACACGGCAGGAGCACUGAGGAGCUCUGAGACACUGACGGACGGUCGGACGAGAGGAAGGGCGAGGACAAAUAACAGCCUCACAGAGGGCGGAGGAGCGGGGCGAGGAAGAGGAGGAGGCAGAGGAGGAGGAGGAGGGUACAGCGAGGUCCUGCUGGACUACGUCUGGGGGAAACAGCAGCAGCUGCAGCGACAGCAGUCCCAGCCCAACAACAGGCAGCCAAUCACAUCACAGCAACAGCUGCUCUACAAUGGCUACUCCUCCCAGCAACCCUCUGGAGCCCCGCCCACCUACCGCGGUCCCCUAGGCGACCAGCGGCGAGUCAAAGUGACCCGCACCAAGUCCUGCGGCCCCUUCCUCCCAGUGCAGCAGAGCCAGACUGAUACCCAUAAUCCUCCUCUGUCUGCCAUCCAGCCAGACCCCCACCCCCAUCUGCUGCCCCCUAGACCACCACAGCUGCCCCCCGCCCAGGACGCACAGCUGGAGGAGGCCACCAGGAGCCUCCACAAGGCCCUCGCCCUGGAAGGUCUGAGGGACUGGUACCUGAGGAACACAAUAGGCUCCACCCACCAAAACCAGACCAAUGGAAAGGUCAACACGGGGGUCAGUACAAAGAUGAACGGAGCGGUCAAAGGUCAGGCCGGAGGGGGAGGGGCUCUGCAGGGCAGACGGAGGACUCACGGUGGCGUCCAGCAGUCGACCUAUCAGACGGAGACGAAUCAUCAUCACGUUCCGACGCAUCACAAAAAGACGCUGCCACAUUCAGCCACAUUCCACGGACAUCCACUGCAUGGCAGGUCUAUGGACGGUUCUCUCUACCACGACUUCCCUCCUCAGAAACAGGAAGACCAGCCGUCUCCUGGAACUCUGGUCUGAGUCACCGACCAAUCAGGACGCUGACGGACAGACACAUGGGCCAAUCCCGGGCUGGCUUCCUGGGAUCACCACCUGUCUGGACUGUGUCCCGUAGGAUCUUCAGGGGAACCAGGGGAACCAGGGGAACCAGGACCAUGGUGGUUCUCAUCAGGUCACACCAGCAGCUGCGUCCUGCAAACCCUGCCCACCAUGAUGUCACACAGUGGAUGAUGAUGUCACUGUCCUGUUGGCGGCUGCAGUCUGACCUCAGGGUGGGGUCUGGACUGGACUCAGGAACUGGAAAUGAGUUUAAUGACAUUGAUGUGUGAACAUCCUUGAACUGACCGGCCCAAAGGGUUUCUGGGUAAAAACUCAGCUGUCACGUGACACGUUAAAACUGACCUGCAGUUUUUUUUCCUGCGGAACGUUUUCUAAAUUUUCUACGACGACGUCUUUGAUCUGACUCUGCUCAGACAAUCAGGACCAAACCAGAGUUUUAUAUCAGCUUUUGAUAGAAGUGAUGAUGAUGAUGAUGAAAGUGUUGCACUCUCACCAGCUGACAUCACCAGCUCCGCCCACCAGACCAGCAGUUUUUAAAGAGUGAACCUUUUGAUAAUCGGACCUGUUUGAUCCCUCAGGUGAGUCCAGGUGAGUCCAGACAGAAACCAGCAGGUGACACUCUUCAGGUAUUCUCACGUCUCUGCACUAAAAGUCUGACGAGGUCUUCGGUCUGAGAGCAAUAAGAGGACGGCGGAGUCCACGUCGUGUUCUGGUUGAACCCUUUUAACUUUUCAGGACGAAAAUCGUUUGCAGCGACAAUCAGACGAUGAUGUCACAGUGUUGAUUGAUUGAUUGAUUGAUUGAUUGAUUGGUCUAUUCAUCGACUGAACGGAGCUUCAGUGAAACUCUUUUGUACAGAUGUCCGUGAACUCAACUUGAAUGAAAUGCAACUUUUAAAAAACAAGUGAAAUCAGUGUUUAAUGGAGGUCGGAUGGAUUCUGAUCUGUCAACAUGUUGAUUAUUGAAUAUUGAUUAGUAAUCAAUAACACGUCUCUCUGUGUGUUGUGAUGAAAAUGUGUUUUAGUUCCUGACUGAUGACGUCUGUGCUUUUUAUUCUGAGUCCACUUCAAUCAUUCAGCUCCAUAAAAACCAGUCUGACCUCCAGCUGCCUCCGACAGGAAGCCACGGUCACAUGACGCGUCACACGAUGAUGUCACACGAUGAUGUCACAUUCAGACACAUGAAGAGGAAACUCUUCACCCAGAACCAGAGAUCAGUGGUGCCCUUCAUUAUGCUAACUUAUGUCUCCUCGCCUCCUUUCUCCUCCUCUGUCAUAGUCGUGCCUCCUCUUUCCUCCUCUCUCCUUCUAUGUCCUCCUCUCUCCUCCUUUCACCUUCUCUCACCUUCUUUCUCCUCCUCUGUCCUCCUCUCGCCACCUUUCCUCCUCUUUUCUCCUCUUUUCCUCUCCACUACUCUCGCUUCCUCUCCCCUCUUUUCACCUUCUCUCUCCUCCUCUCCUAAUCCAUCCUCUUCUCUCUUUCUCUGUCCACCUCUCACCUCCUCUUUCCUUCUCUCUCUUGCCUCCUCUGUCCCCCUCUGUCUUUGUCUCUCCUUCUUUCUCCUCUUUCCUCCUCUGUCCUCCUGUGACCUGGAAAUCUUUCCCCCUCCGCCAUGAUGGAGGGUCUUCUAAUCCCUCAGACGCACCUCAAGGAGAUGAGGAGAGAGGAGACAUGGAGAGAGGAGGCUUCAGGAGGAGUUUAGAGUAAGGAAACACAGGUGUAUCCUAUACAGAAGUCUUUUAUCAAGUGGUGUGACUACGGAGGCCCUCGAGGGUCAUGGUCAGAGUUUUUGCUGCGGCACACAAUGAAUCUCUCUCCUCAGUCCUCACGUCUCUUCCUCGUCUCCUCUGUCCUCACGUCUCUUCCUUGUCUCCUUCACUCACAUCUCCUGUUGGCAGGACUAAGCUGAGAGGAAAGGAAGCGAGUGAGUGAAAUGAGGAGACAUGUUAGCACGAUGAAAUGCACCUCGACCGUAAACGUCACACAGCGCCCCCCACAGGACACAUAUAUGCAGCUUUCGAUCCUUAUGGCCAAACACAAGCCCCGCCCACCUCCAAAGGUUGCUGCUGCUGGCCAGCGUUAGUCUUCACGUCUGACUGGGUGAUGUCAUUUAACUUGACAUCUGAUUGGCUGCAGCAGCUGUCAUGUGACCGCAGCUUCAGAGGAGCAGAAAGAGUCCCAGCAUGCACUUCUUCUAACUCACACCAAAGCAGAACAGAAACAUGUAAAUACUGAACUCUGUGUCCGUCUGAAUCUGAUACGACCCUGCAGCUCAGACGCCCCCGCAGAACGUCACCAGCCACAAACCAAACCCUGUACGCAUUUCUAAAGACGUCUGUUGAUCGAUGUGACUCACCUCUGUCUGAUGUGUCACAGUGUGAAGUGUUUCCUGCUGCUGAGGACGACUCCGACGUGUCCUCAGUGUCCUCACAGUGUUUGUUCAGAGUCCAUCAGGCUCAGUACUGUACAGUACCAGUACCAGUUCUGGGUACAGUGCUAUGUCAUACCAGUAUUUGUUCCAUGUCCCCCUUCAGGUCCAGAACCAGCUGUUGUCCAGCCAUGUGGACAGCCUGUCAGUGUGACAUCACAGCGGUCUCUGCGGUGAUGCGUUCAGGUGCACUCUGUACAGUCCAAACUCUCUGUAAAAAUCAUUUUCUAUCUUUUUGGACUCUUUUGUCAUUUGUACUUUUUUCACUCUUUCCGCUGUUCGAGGUGAAAAUUAAAAAUGUAAAUAGAUGAUUGACACACUGUAAACAGGAUGUUUUUAAAUAAAGCUUUCUCUUUACUGUU